AUGGAAAUCGAAAUUCAGAAGAAAGGAGGAGCCGCCGCGAUGGGAAUCAUCGACGAGCCGAUGCGACCGGGUGAUGGAGAUCUCCAGCUGACAAGUCGCAUUGUAACCUUAUGGUACAGAGCGCCUGAGCUCCUGCUCGGUGCUACUGAGUAUGGACCAGCCAUAGACAUGUGGAGUGCAGGUUGCAUUCUCGCUGAGCUAUUCGCUGGAAAGCCAAUCAUGGCAAGACGCACAGAAGUGGAGCAGAUGCAUAAGAUCCUUAAGCUAUGUAGUUCACGCUCAGAAGAUUUAGAGCCUGAAAAACGUGGCUCAGCUGCUUCUGCAUUGAAAAGCAAAUUCUUCAAAACGGAGCCACUACUUGCUAAUCCAUCAAACUUACCUAGAUACUCACCAAGCAAGGAACUUGAUGCUAAGCUUCACAACGAAGAAUCAAGAAAGACAGAGGAUAAAAAGAGAAGAGGAGGAGAGAGAGUGACAAGGGGACGAGGAAAAGAUCUUAAAACUGCACAAACACCUGAGUUUAUAGCUGCAGGACAAUCCAAGGUCCCGUGUAUCAGCCAUAAGUUCAAAACAGACGAGGAAGGUGGACUGGUGAUGAUGGGCUUCAACUGUUUCAGUUGGGUUGGCAUGUAG